UUUUGCUCUGAAGGUGGUGCAAUGGUCAGAGUCUGAGACAGUGAGGUUACAGCUAUGGGACAUUGCUGGUCAGGAACGUUUCACAUCAAUGACUCGACUGUAUUACAGGGAGGCAUCAGCCUGUGUUGCAAUGUUUGAUGUCACCAAUUUUAGCACUUUCACCAAUUGCCAGAAAUGGAAACAAGAUUUGGACAGCAAGUUGAAACUGCAAGAUGGAAAACAGUUUUCUUCCCCUUUGGACAGAGAAAAAAUUGUGCUCAAUAAUUGUUUUCACAAUGAGUUUGAUAUUGCUGAACUCUUUCAGAGUGAUCUUUAUCCGUGGGCUAUGACUAGAGAAGAAAUUGAUCAAUUCAGCAAAGAGAAUGGCUUUACUGGUUGGACUGAGACAUCUGUCAAGGAAAACAAAAACGUAAAUGAGUCAAUGAGGGUCCUUGUUGAAAAAAUGAUGGCUACAACAUGGCUAGGUGAUAAUGACAUGUCUGUUUCAGGCCAUGGAGACUAUAUCAAUUUGAAAGAUGGAUCCACAUCCAACUUGGGUUGCUGCUAACUAUAUUUGCUUCUUCAUCUGACCAGAGGUCUAAAGUACCAUUCAGACAAAUCUAUAUACCUUUUAAAAGCACUCACAAAUUCUCUGUCUGCACUGUUGAGAAAAUCAGAAAGAAGGCAAUCCCUCAUUCUAGCAGGGACAAUGGAAAAUACUGCCUUAGCUGCUUAUGAGCCACUGAUGUACAUUUUCCCCAUUUCAUUCAGUAUUGCCUCUUCAGCUUCCUCAAGUAUGCAGGAUCUUCUGCUGAUUUCAGCUCCCAGCAGUUAAAGGAAAAUCUCCACUUGUCUUGAUCAAAAACACCAUUGCAGGAAGUAUGGGUAUUGGGACCUUUCAAACAUCCAAAUGCCCCUAGCCUAAGGAAUCUUGUUGUGUUUGACUGUUUAUCCUCUGCUCACAUUUAGCAUAGACUUCUUUAAAUGAGUCUUUUUUGGAAAGAGGCUUUGGACUGUCUCGUGACGCAGCUACAGAAUCCUCUUAUUGCACUUUUCUUGAAGUGCCAUUUUUGGUUUGUUGCUUUUGUCUUUUUCACCAAUGUUAUGUUUAAGCUUAGGAAAAUUCUGACCACUUUUUUCCCCUGCACAUGCAGUUGUUAAGCUCUUUCUUGAAGUUAUUUUAUUAGAGAGCCAGCGGUGAAGAGAGGCUAAAGCUAUUGACUUCAUUGCACUGAUACACCUUACUAAGGCACCAGCCAUAUUUGUUGUCUUUAUAGCCCUUUCUCUUGCAGGAUCUAAUUUGCCUCUUUCAGAUUCUGAUGAAUUACUUGCCUUCAGCCAUCCAACUAAGAAGGGUUAUAUAGCAGCAUGGCAGGCUCUUUGAAAGGCCACCUACUGGUUUAGUGAUCUGAGGGACAAAACAGAACAGAGAGUGUAGCAGAAUAAAAGCUAAAGUUAAAAUAUUUCCUAUGCCUUUUAUUUUUUAAAAAAUAGCAGGAAUUAACCCAAUUUUCCUGGUAUUAUUAGCUGGCAGCCUUCUGUUUUUGGUGAACAUAUGAAGUUAAAGCUACUUACGUUUUUAUAAAUUGGUCAGUUUAUAAUUCAGGGAGGUUGAUAUCGCAAAAUUGUCAUAGAUAUUGAAGCAUUUGAAUUUUUAAUAUUCAUUUUUAAAAUGGUCAGGCAAGUGCAGUGCUUAAGAGUAAAAUAUUCUGGAGAUGAAAAAGAUCAGAAGUUAUUGGAGGACUGAUUGCAAGUAGCUCUUUCGUUGUCUGUCUUGGCUAUGCUAACACAACAGCAAGGCUUGAAAAGCCUUAAAAUAGGUGCUUCACACAGGUUGAACCAGUCGUCCUUCCAGAAGACUCCCAAUGGCUGUUUCAAGGGCUUUCCCAGACUCCCUUUACGUAUGCAUCCAUAGGUGUUUCAUUUGCGGUCUGUCUGAGCAAAGUCAUGCACUAACAAAUUGGGAAAGCUCUUAUAUUUGAAGAUGGAAAUUCAGUCCUUUUAAACGGUCUAAACUGUGUAGGGGGUGAGUUCUAUGUCAGCUUCUCUAUGUGUAAGUGUGUGUAUUUUCUAGAGAUUAUAUCAAUUCCAGGGGCCUUCUGCUAGAACUGCAAUGACAAAAUCUUUACAUUUAGAUAUCUUUCUUAAUGACAAUCUCCUCAUUACCUGUAUUUUUUUUUUAAUUGCAGUUAUCAGAAACAUACUGUAGUGAUCAGCAAUUCAAACUGAACCACUUUUAAGGUGUGCUGAAUAGGAGAACUGUGCUCCAUUUAAGUUUGCUUAUUUUUUGAAGUACAGUAUUCAAGCAUUACUUGGUCCUGUUUUAAACAGGGAACAGCAAAACAGCAUAAUAUUCUUCCUACAGCAUACAAACAAUACCAAUGUUUUGCCUAGUUGAGUUAACAAAUAUUAGGAAAAGAAUUUAAGGAAACAAUUGUGUAGAAAAUUUCUCUUCAACAUCCAUUGGAGGGAAUCCUUAUGAGAUGGUCAUACUGUUUGUCUGAAAGACAGAAGUAGUUCUUGUACCAUUUUAGGAAACAGUAUAUGAUGCAGAACUGAAUGUCUAUCCAAAAGGAAUUGCUGUCAACUAAUUGGUCUGAAGAUGUUUUAACAGGUUGCACAUAUUUUUUUCAAAUAGCAUUUCUGGCACAGCAUCAUUUCCUUUUGAUGGCAGUAAAGCAUGGGAAUUUAACGGAUUACAUCUUAUCAAUUAAGCUCAGUGCAGCUACUUUGACUGACUACAAUGGGGAACUUUAUGGGAAUGAUAUAAAAUUGCUUUAUGCUGGUUUAUAGUGAGAGGAACAUGUAUAGAAUUUUAUGUCUGUGAACUUUUGCACUGUGCUUUUUUUAAUCACAUGAUUUGUCAACUUGCCCUUUUAGACAAUAAACAAGCCUU